AUGUCAUUUCCAACGCCCGAAGUUGUUGCUGGAAGAGCAAAUGUGCAUGUGAAGCUAAAACAAUUGAAGGCGCGAUACGAGGCAAAUGAAGCUUCCCGACCCGAGUUCGACUCUGAGAAGCAGUUUACAAUGACAAAGACAGUCAAACCAGACUGGAAACCCGGCGACGGUGCCUCCGACGACGACUGGACCAAACACUCCAAAAUCACAAUCGACCCACUGUCCCCUUCAAUCUCCGGCAUGGAAGCCUACAAACUGCUAAUCUCCGCCAUUGUGCCCCGCCCAAUCGCCUUCCUCUCGACUCUAUCCGCCGACGGCAAAACCGCAAAUCUGGCGCCGUAUAGCUACUUUGAAGUCCUCGCGAACGAUCCGCCGACGUUUGUGGUCUCGGUGUCGCAGGGGAUGAAGGAUACGCUGAAGAAUCUUUUGGAGACGAAGGAAGGCGUGCUGAAUGUGAUUAGCGAGUGGUUUAUUGACGCGGCUAAUUAUACGAGCGUCGAUGCCCCGCCGGGGGUGUCGGAAUGGGAACUCAGUGGUCUCCACAAGGAGCCCUCGAAAUUCGUGAAACCCGCGUGCGUAGCCGAGUCUGCGUUCAACAUCGAAGUAAAGCUCGUGAACAGCUUUGAGAUCGAGUCGCUGCGCACGCCGGGCACGAUCGUGUCCCACAUCUGCAUCCUGCAAGGUCUCUGUUUCCAUGCGCGCGAGGACGUGCUGAACAAAGACAGCACGACGCUUGAUCUCGCGAAACUGAAACCGGUCGGGCGAGCGGGUGGGAUCACCUAUCUGAGAGCGUCGGACGGGUUCGAGGUUCCGAGGUAUAGCUAUGCGCAGCAGUGCGAGGAUGUUCCUGGGGUGAAGGAUUUGGGCAAGUAG